AUGGGAGUGCAGCAAUCGGCUGAUCAUAGGAAUCGUGGCAGAUCAUUUUCUUAUCCAGCAUCAUAUAUCCUUGAAGGAAUCAAUCUGUUUAAAGAUUCUUUUACAAGUCAUUCCAUAUUCCCCAAACACUGUGAGUAUUCAGUGCACUUCAGAAUAUAUUAUCAGUUUGCAAAUAUGAAAAUAGUACGUAACGUUUUUAAUCAUGAUUGUACAAGAGUGAGUGCUAAUGUUGAUUGUACAAGAGUGAGUGCUAAUCAUGAUUAUACAAGAGUGAGUGCUAAUCAUGAUUGUGCAAGAGUGAGUGCUAAUCAUGAUUGUACAAGAGUGAGUGCUAAUCAUGAUUGUAAAAGAGUGAGUGCUAAUCAUGACUGUACAAGAGUGAGUGCUAAUCAUGAUUGUGCAAGAGUGAGUGCUAAUCAUGAUUGUACAAGAGUGAGUGCUAAUCAUGAUUGUACAAGAGUGAGUGCUAAUCAUGAUUGUAAAAGAGUGAGUGCUAAUCAUGACUGUACAAGAGUGAGUGCUAAUCAUGAUUGUACAAGAGUGAGUGCUAAUGUUGAUUGUACAAGAGUGAGUGCUAAUCAUGAUUGUACAAGAGUGAGUGCUAAUCAUGAUUGUGCAAGAGUGAGUGCUAAUCAUGAUUGUACAAGAGUGAGUGCUAAUCAUGAUUGUACAAGAGUGAGUGCUAAUCAUGAUUGUACAAGAGUGAGUGCUAAUCAUGAUUGCACAAGAGUGAGUGCUAAUGUUGAUUGUACAAGAGUGAGUGCUAAUCAUGAUUGUACAAGAGUGAGUGCUAAUCAUGAUUGUACAAGAGUGAAUGCUAAUGUUGAUUGUACAAGAGUGAGUGCUAAUUAUGAUUAUACAAGAGUGAGUGCUAAUCAUGAUUGUACAAGAGUGAGUGCUAAUCAUGAUUGUACAAGAGUGAGUGCUAAUGUUGAUUGUACAAGAAUGAGUGCUAAUCAUGAUUGUACAAGAGUGAGUGCUAAUCAUGAUUGUACAAGAGUGAGUGCUAAUCAUGAUUGUACAAGAGUGAGUGCUAAUCAUGAUUGUACAAGAGUGAGUGCUAAUCAUGAUUGUGCAAGAGUGAGUGCUAAUCAUGAUUGUACAAGAGUGAGUGCUAAUGUUGAUUGUACAAGAGUGAGUGCUAAUGUUGAUUGUACAAGAGUGAGUGCUAAUCAUGAUUAUACAAGAGUGAGUGCUAAUCAUGAUUGUACAAGAGUGAGUGCUAAUCAUGAUUGUACAAGAAUGAGUGCUAAUCAUGAUUGUGCAAGAGUGAGUGCUAAUCAUGAUUGUACAAGAGUGAGUGCUAAUCAUGAUUGUACAAGAGUGAGUGCUAAUCAUGAUUGUACAAGAGUGAGUGCUAAUCAUGAUUGUACAAGAGUGAGUGCUAAUCAUGAUUGUACAAGAGUGAGUGCUAAUCAUGAUUGUACAAGAGUGAGUGCUAAUCAUGAUUGUAAAAGAGUGAGUGCUAAUCAUGAUUGUACAAGAGUGAGUGCUAAUCAUGAUUGUGCAAGAGUGAGUGCUAAUCAUGAUUGUACAAGAGUGAGUGCUAAUGUUGAUUGUACAAGAGUGAGUGCUAAUGUUGAUUGUACAAGAGUGAGUGCUAAUCAUGAUUAUACAAGAGUGAGUGCUAAUCAUGAUUGUACAAGAGUGAGUGCUAAUCAUGAUUGUACAAGAAUGAGUGCUAAUCAUGAUUGUGCAAGAGUGAGUGCUAAUCAUGAUUGUACAAGAGUGAGUGCUAAUCAUGAUUGUACAAGAGUGAGUGCUAAUCAUGAUUGUACAAGAGUGAGUGCUAAUCAUGAUUGUACAAGAGUGAGUGCUAAUCAUGAUUGUAAAAGAGUGAGUGCUAAUCAUGAUUGUACAAGAGUGAGUGCUAAUCAUGAUUGUGCAAGAGUGAGUGCUAAUCAUGAUUGUACAAGAGUGAGUGCUAAUCAUGAUUGUACAAGAAUGAGUGCUAAUCAUGAUUGUACAAGAGUGAGUGCUAAUCAUGAUUGUACAAGAGUGAGUGCUAAUCAUGAUUGUACAAGAAUGAGUGCUAAUCAUGAUUGUAAAAGAGUGAGUGCUAAUCAUGAUUGUACAAGAGUGAGUGCUAAUCAUGAUUGUGCAAGAGUGAGUGCUAAUCAUGAUUGUAAAAGAGUGAGUGCUAAUCAUGAUUGUACAAGAGUGAGUGCUAAUCAUGAUUGUACAAGAGUGAGUGCUAAUCAUGAUUGUAAAAGAGUGAGUGCUAAUCAUGAUUGUACAAGAGUGAGUGCUAAUCAUGAUUGUACAAGAGUGAGUGCUAAUCAUGAUUGUAAAAGAGUGAGUGCUAAUCAUGAUUGUACAAGAGUGAGUGCUAAUCAUGAUUGUAAAAGAGUGAGUGCUAAUCAUGAUUGUACAAGAGUGAGUGCUAAUCAUGAUUGUACAAGAGUGAGUGCUAAUCAUGAUUGUAAAAGAGUGAGUGCUAAUCAUGAUUGUAAAAGAGUGAGUGCUAAUCAUGAUUGUACAAGAGUGAGUGCUAAUCAUGAUUGUAAAAGAGUGAGUGCUAAUCAUGAUUGUACAAGAGUGAGUGCUAAUCAUGAUUGUACAAGAGUGAGUGCUAAUCAUGAUUGUACAAGAGUGAGUGCUAAUCAUGAUUGUAAAAGAGUGAGUGCUAAUCAUGACUGUACAAGAGUGAGUGCUAAUCAUGAUUGUGCAAGAGUGAGUGCUAAUCAUGAUUGUACAAGAGUGAGUGCUAAUCAUGAUUGUACAAGAAUGGAUGAUAAUCAAGAAUGGUGA